ACAAUAGUGUCGGGCCAGCCAAGUCGUCUGCUAAAACUUUGCAAACAAUAUUCGCCAUCAUGGGUCUACAGAAAUUUACAAGGCUUUUUAAGAAGGGCCGAACUGUAAUUAUUGGAAUGGUACAUCUGAAAUCCUUACCUGGAACUCCCGGAAAUCGUCUGAAAGUUGAGGACAUCACAGAAAUUGCCUGUGCUGAAGCUGAGGGCUAUAAAAAGCUUGGUGUUGACGGCAUCAUAGUGGAGAACAUGCAUGACAUUCCGUACCUGCAUUCCCGUGAUGUCAGCCAUGAGAUUACUGCUUCCAUGGCUACCACUUGUUAUCAGAUCCGUAAGGAAUGUCCUGAUUUCCCUAUAGGAAUUCAGGUGUUAUCAGGAGCAAAUCAGCAAGCAUUAGCAAUUGCAUUAGCAACAGGGCUUGAUUUUAUUAGAGCAGAGGGCUACGUGUUCGCUCAUAUAGCAGAUGAGGGUAUGAUGAACGCAUGUGCGGGAGAACUGCUACGUUAUAGAAAAAACAUUGGAGCUGAACAUAUACAAGUGCUCACUGACAUCAAGAAAAAACAUAGUUCCCAUGCUCUGACAUGUGACGUCAACAUCACUGAUACUGCUAAAGCUGCUGAGUUCUUUCUAAGCGACGGAGUGGUCAUCACUGGAGGAGCUACUGGUGAACCUGCAAGUGUUGAUGAACUGAAAGUUGUGCAAGAUUCUGUCAAUAUACCAGUUCUGAUUGGUUCUGGUGUUACUGAGGAUAACCUCCAUGAAUAUUCAAAUGCAAACGGCAUCAUAGUCGGGUCGUCUUUCAAGAUGGACGGCAAGUGGGGUCAUGAGGUUGAUUUCAACCGUGUUCAGCGUUUCAUGAACAAGGCAAGAUUAUUAGAAAGUAAAAAGCUACCAGACUCAUCUUGCUGAUCAGAUCAUGGCCCUAGGGAAGAAAAUUGUAUUACUGUAACUUAACUUAUGGUCUUGUCUGGUUGUGUAAAUUUAUAGCAUUGUUAAUAGUAUUUUAAGUAUUCAAAUAUGUAUUUAUGACUAAGCAUUUUUACUCUGCAACAGGGAAUCCUAAAGAUAAAAUUUAGGAAAGGUAGAAGAAUAAACUCGCAGCGUCGUUAUGCUAAAUUGCGUAUAAGUGUAAUCUGUAACUAAUGUAUCAGCUGUACAGAAGCGCUUAGUGGCUUCGUGUUCACAUCAUUCCAUAAUGAAAAGGGGCUGAAAUGAACUAUGACAUUGGGGAACCCCCUACUUCUUCCGAAAGAUGGGUUUGAAAUAUUGCCAUUGUCAAGGCUGAAGUUAGCAGUGCCCCUACCUUACUGCUCAGCCACUCGACUCACCAAUACUGUAAUGCAUGUUGAAUCAUUCUUAUGCUGAGGUAAACUAUGUGGUGCUCUUUACGUUCAUCAUUUAAGUGAUGAAUGUAAAAUUUGUUGCCAAUCCGGUUUCAGUAGCUGUAACCAAUUUUCCAUCAAUUUCAAUCACUUUUAGUUGUAGGACGCAAAUAUUAUUGUGAUAGUUUACUUCAACUUCAACUUUUUCUCUUAGGUAAACAGUCACAAUGUGUACUUGUCGCCUCUUUAAAAUUACAGGUUUAUUAUUUGUUUUCCCACAAUGAAAACAUGGUUUCAGCUUUUUAUCUUUGUUUGAAACAGUUGCCGGUUUCUUAUAUUUUGAGAUAAUCAUAUGCACUUUUUCUA